AUGAGCCUCGUGUCUCUUGACGAUGACACUACCAUCUACCUCUUCUGUGUGCUGCCUGUGGAUGCCAUUCUGAAUCUUCGCAAGACUUGCAAGCGUCUUGCCGCCAUCUCUCGUCUUCACUUCGUAUGGCAGACGGUGUGCCGUCGCGAUGUCCUCGACGAUGGACUGCCAUUCCCGCAAGGCGGUUUGAGCGACCACCAUGGGAGUGACCUUGAACAUCUCACUCUCCAUGCCCUAAAACUGGGCAGGUUCUGGCUCAACCCCUCUAUGGAGACCGCGCGCACUCUCGACUUCCAAGCCAGUACAGGGACGGGCCUCUCCCACGUCUUCUUCUUGCCUGGGCGUGGAGGGCGCUACGUGCUCACGGUCUACAAAGGGAUCUGGUCAAUGAUCACUUGCUGGGACGUUGGAGUCGCCAUUCCUUCCAAUCCAUCUCCCUCUCCACCGCGUCGGCUGGCGGACUGGUCGCCUCGACAGACCAUCUUCGCGGGCUUUGUCGUCAACUCGGACACAACGUCUGAGGCAGCGCUUGCGGUAUCAAUCCUGCACGGAAGCGGCACCCACAGCAUCGAGCUCUUGGCGAUCCGCAACAUAGACGGCGCAGGAGAAUCUGGGUUUCGCUCGAUCUGCAAUAUCGCGACCAGCUUCCGGCCGAUUGCACUCGACGGCGAUCUGGUCGCCUUCAGCGACGAGGGGUCCGAGACAGUGGUCAUGAACUGGCGCGACAACACCUUCGCGCUCCUGAAAGGCUCCGAGGACGUCGUCACAGAACGCUUCAAGCUCAACAGGUGCCUGUACGUCGUCUUGGCACGCCACAGCGUCCUCGUCGUCCGCGCGCGCUUGAUCGAGCUUUUUCCCUCACCCAUGCUCCAGCCCACCUCAGGCGAAUGCCCGACAUACGGCCCAAUCGGCACCCACUCGUUCGGUUGGAUCGACGGCGUCGCGGUCGCGCCCCAGGACAGCACCCGCGAGGCCUCCACCACGGGCGACCAGCCCCGGCCCCUAUCCAUCGUCCUCCGCGCGGAGAGCGACGACCCGUGGGCAUCCGACGCGCACCGGCUCGAGCAGUUCGUCCUCGCUCCCAACCCCGCGUUCGUCCCAGCCCCACCUCUGCCCGAACCCGCGCUCGAAUCCGCAUUCGAAUUCGCCCACGCACCGCCGCAUGCGCCCGACCCGCCGCCGCCGCUGCCACCACCACCACCGUACCUCUUCCCGCCGACGCGCGUGGAGCGGACGUCGCCGACCUUGCGCGGCUUCCUCCGCUCCCGCGCGAUCGCGCUCGGGCGCGCCGGCACCGCGCUCUGGAUCCAGCCGCGCGCCGCGCACGCGGCGCACCUCACCGGGCUCGACGUGCACGCGUCCGACGUGGACUUUCUCGGGAUCGGGACCGGGCUCGGGCUCGGGGGUGGGGUCGGCCCCGCGCGCGCGUCGGGGCAGGGCGCGGAGACGCUGUGUGCGGCGGUGUUCGACGGGCCGUUGCGCCGCGGGCUGGGCGCGGGCGCGGGAACGCGGGCGCGGACGCUGUGCGUGCAGCGGCGGGAGGGCGCGCACUGGACCACGUUCGACUACGACGAGGAGGCGGGGCGGGUCGCGCUAGGGGCGAACGACGGGACGGUGACGGUGCUGGACUUGGCGUAG